UCAAAUGGCUUAAUUUUUGCUAUUUUUUUAGUAUUUUUUAACGGUUACUUUUGCAAAUUCGUUUAGCUAAAUCUCGAUUGUUUCCCGACCUGUACCGCAUUUGCAUUUAAGUUUUAAUGCGUGACAAUUGUUUUAUGAUGACUUUGCGUUAGUCCUAAUAAAAUGGAAAAUGACCCGAAUAACACAACGGCGGGUCGCGAGACUGGGCGAUGCAUGUCGGUGGCGGCGAUGCAGGCGCUGCACCGACUGCGCGAGUGCCGAUUGCUGUGUGACGCUAUCGUGCGUGCAGACGACGGAGCCGCCUUCCCUGUCCACCGCGCCAUAUUGUCGGCCUGCAGUCCAUACUUCUUGGCAUUGUUCACAACGACUUUACACUCGCGGGAACAGAGCGAUGUGCUGAUAUCUGGAGUGCGCUCAGAGAUUCUGCUUUUGCUGAUCGAGUAUGCAUACCUUCGUCGCAUCGAAGUUUCCGACACCAACGUGCAUGAACUUCUGAUGACAGCGGACUAUUUGGCUUUUCUCGGCGUACUGCAGCUUUGUUGCGAUCAUCUAAGAGGCUCGCUGAAUCCCAAGAAUUGUCUUGGUAUUAUGAUGUUUGCUCGACGAGUUUUUUGCUACAAACUGGAGUCGGAAUCUCGUAGGUAUCUGCUACGGUACUUUGUGACAGUGGCGACCCAGAGUGACGAGUUUCUGCAUCUUCCCAUUGACGAGCUUAACAGCAUUAUAGUUGAGGAUGAAUUAAACGUGAAAAGCGAGGAAGCUGUCUGGGAAGCUGUUUUGCGUUGGGUGAACUAUGAUCCUGAUAUACGUUGGCAACACACUGUAAAACUUAUGGGCAGUAUACGUCUUGGAUUGCUUGAUACUCAAUUCUUCUUGGAAAACGUUAAGGAUCAUCCGUAUGUGACGGGGAAUGAAGGCUCGCGUCCGAUCAUUAUUGAAACGCUGAAAUUCCUCUAUGACUUGGAGAUGAUUGCCCAGAGAGACGGGGAGGUGGCCACGCCGGAAAUAGCGCGACCCCGAGUUCCACACGAGGUUUUAUUUGCAAUUGGCGGAUGGAGCGGCGGUUCACCAACUGCGUUUAUAGAAACAUAUGACACAAGAGCAGAUCGUUGGAUUAAAGUGGAAGAGGUUGAUCCAGCUGGACCACGGGCCUAUCAUGGUACUGCAGUGCUGGGUUACUGUAUCUACGUCAUCGGUGGCUUUGAUGGCAUGGACUACUUUAACUCUUGUCGCUGCUUCGAUGCCGUUACAAAAGCUUGGCGAGAGGUAGCCCCGAUGAACGCCCGACGGUGCUACGUAUCCGUAGCAGUAUUGGGCGAAACGAUCUACGCCAUGGGGGGCUACGACGGCCACCACCGGCAGAACACGGCCGAGCGGUUUAACCACCGCACCAACCAGUGGUCAUUGGUGGCGCCCAUGAAUGCUCAAAGGUCGGACGCUAGUGCCGCUUCUUUGGAUAACAGAAUUUAUAUAACUGGUGGCUUCAACGGCCAAGAGUGCAUGAACAGUGUCGAGGUGUAUGAUCCUGACACUAAUCAGUGGACGAACCUGGCUCCCAUGCGCUCUCGCAGGUCUGGCGUGUCGUGUAUCGCUUACCACAACAAGAUCUACGUGAUAGGUGGAUUCAAUGGUAUAUCGAGGAUGUGCAGCGGUGAGGUGUACGACCCGAAUACAAACACGUGGUCUCCGGUACCAGAUAUGUACAACCCGAGGAGCAACUUCGCCAUUGAAGUCAUCGAUGAUAUGAUCUUCGCUAUCGGCGGCUUCAACGGCGUUACUACCAUCUACCAUGUUGAAUGCUACGACGAAAGGACCAACGAAUGGUAUGAAGCAACGGACAUGAAUAUUUACCGUUCCGCACUAUCAGCAUGUGUGAUAAUGGGUUUGCCCAACGUUUAUGACUACAUCCAUAAGCACCGAGAGCGACUGAUGGAGGAAAAGCGCCAGAAGAUCUUGCUCUCUGAGACCGCCCGUCAUGGACAACAUCGUACUGCACUACCCGAUUCAUUCAUACAACAGGUGCAUUUGAUGGAAGAUAAUGAUGAUAUGCUCGAGCAGUUGGGGCUGAUUGAGAACCAGGCAAACAACGAUAUUGCUAUCCCUCCACCACCACCACCACCACCUCCUCAGGCCAUGGAGCAAGACAGGAUCUAAACAAUGCACCUUAUAUUUAUUCUGCCUACAAACACCUUUAGUAAGACAUCGAAAUAAAUCUAUUAAAGAACCGGUAUCUGUGUCUACUUAGUAAAUGUUAUAAAAUGGAAAAUUCACGUAACCGUCAUUUAUUUUUAAAACAUAUACAUAUAUUUGAGUAGUUUUGGUAUAUUUUUGUAGUGGUGAUAUUACAUGAUGUGAAUCAUACUUACCUGUAUUUUUCGAAUGGUUUUUGAAAAUUGUAUAAAAUUUUUCAGACAAGUAUACGAUUUUAAGUUGCAAAA